CCACUUCGACGGAACUACAAGUGGAAGGCUCCCAAGAAAAAGAAACAUUCAACGAACCACACUGGUACUCAGACUGCAGUUUGCAGGACUUCGAAAAUAUUAUUUAGACAGUUAAACCUCGUCUUGCUCUCCCAGAGCAACUUAAAUUUACCUAAAUGGGGAAUGAAUCGUCCCUACCUAUGGAGCUAUGCUCCAACUUUGACGCAGAUGAAAUUCGGAGGCUAGGCAAACGCUUCCGAAAAUUGGAUCUGGACAAUUCAGGGGCAUUAAGCAUCGAUGAAUUUAUGAGCCUCCCAGAGCUACAACAAAAUCCUUUAGUGCAACGUGUAAUUGAUAUAUUCGAUGCUGAUGGUAAUGGAGAAGUGGAUUUUAAAGAAUUCAUCCAUGGAGUUUCACAGUUCAGUGUGAAAGGAGAUAAGCAGUCAAAACUCAAGUUUGCAUUCAGAAUUUAUGAUAUGGAUAAUGAUGGGUUCAUUUCUAAUGGUGAACUCUUUCAGGUACUCAAAAUGAUGGUUGGCAAUAACCUGAAGGAUACUCAGCUGCAACAGAUUGUUGACAAAACAAUUUUGUUUGCGGAUAAAGAUGAGGAUGGAAAGAUCUCAUUUGAUGAGUUUUGUGCUGUUGUCGGGAACACAGACAUUCAUAAAAAGAUGGUUGUUGAUGUUUAGUCUGUGGAUGACUCACUCGCUUGGCUUGCCAACUCACAAGCAAAGACUCUUGUUUAUUUGGGUUUACAUUUUGUUGUGUUGGUGGACCUUCACAGACUGUGUGUGGGUGUGUCCCUGUUUUAACCAUAUAUGCUACCUACCUACAGAACUAAGCACCAAUAUUGAGGUAUAACAUAUAACAUUUAUUAAUAUAACAUUUUCAUCUCAUCAUUUUCGACCAUCUCGUCUCAUCGCAUCCUGCCUCGUCUCAUCACCUCGUUGUGUGCCGUACUUAAUCUGCUCCAACUUAACCUUCUGAGUUUCUCUUCCUCCCUCUGUCAAUAUUUACUGCGUGAAUUAGACUACAUAAACACAUUAAGGCGCCUGUGGUUGUUCUCUUGAAUUACUCCUAAGAAUAUUGUUAAAAAUCUUGUUUAUAAGAAAAAUUGUUGUUAUUUGUAAAAAAAAAUCACAAUUUAAUGUUUCUCUUAUGUCUGUUUCAAGUUAACUAAUGAUAAUGUUUAUGGUAAACUCAUUUAUAGCCUUUGGAACUUUCUAAUUUUUCACCUUGUUCUCAGCACAUUUGGGUGGAUGAAACCUCCUUGUCUUUUAUUGUAGAUUAGACUUUUAUAUUUAAAGUGGUGCAGGUAUUGGUGAAACUCACUUUGACCUUUGUUAUCCUCUGCAAUAUCUUCUUGCAAUGAAAAUGUACUGCUGAAGAAGUGUUUUCUUUGUUUUUCCUUUUUCUUUUUAGGAUCAUCGUUACCAUGGUUAGUGUUGCCUCAUGAUAUUUAUCUGAACUAGAAAUGUGUCAAGAGUGGGUUAAAUAUUUUCCUGUGUAAUUGUAAAAAUUUAAUUUUUUUAUACUGUGCAAAAUCAGCAGGCACCUAAUCUUGCAUUGUUGUGAUAAAACAUCGAAUACAUUGUGAUUUGCAUGUAUUGGCAUAAUGAAAAGAAAAGAAUGCCUUUCACUACUUAACCCGACUCAGACAUAAAAGAAAUACCUAUGAACAACUCGUGGUGCUAAAUAGGUGUGCUGUGUACUGCACGCAUGAAACAUGUGUUGUUCUUGCCACAGUCAGUUCACCAGGUUCUCAGAGUGACGAGUUUUGCCUGCACUGAACUGUGUUAAAUUAUCUGCUUGCCAACUGCAGUGAUCAGAAACAGAGAUGUAAUUGCAUUUUAAGAAAUUGUUCCUUUUAGAGCUUUGUGGCAUAAAACCUGCCUUGUUAUUACAAUUUUCUAACUGAUGUUGGUUUACGUGAAGAAAUGUAGAAAAAUUUCUUCCCCUAAAUUUCUUGAAGUGAUACAAAAUGCACAUACAACUAACUGUCAUACCCUGCAGCUUCAUUUUCUUGCGGGUAGCUUUUGCUACAUACAUAUUCUCUUCUUGUGAUAUGUUUCUAGUAUUGAAGAAUAAUGUUUUCACCCUACGGCCAAAUCACUCAUUCUUCUUCAUAGUAUAAUUCUUAACUUGCCUGAAUUCUUGUAUAUGAGCAGCCAAUAAUAUGACCCUGAUAAGUCCACUUAAAUAGGUAGCUAGGAGUUAUAAACUUUUACAUAUGUACAGUGAUACAGUUGUGUCAUUUACUUAUGCGGUUGCUGAGGGAUCUUUGUGCUAUAUAUGCUGUUGUAUGUUCGAUUUGUGCAAUUUAUUGAGACAUAACAUUCGAAAACAUAUUGUGAGAAUUGUGUCCUAUCACUGAAAUACUUAUUUUGGUGCAGUCAAUCUCUACAGGUGCGUGGCAACUGCUGUCAUUCAAAGUUAAAACCUUGCAAAAUCAGGCAUGAGGUAUGCAAAUUUUAUCAAAGCCUCAAACUAUUGCACAAAUCCAAUCAAGCAACAUGUGUAUAUGUAUAUAUAUAUAAAAAUAUUUAUAUAUACAUAUUAUUUCUGAAAUUGUGUGUUCUACUUUUUCAACUAAGGUAGAAACUUUCUUAAAGUAAUUUUCUGUGCAAAUCUUUUCCUAUGAUAAUUAUUAAUACACAAGCUGAUUUAUAAUAUUUUGACACAUGAAAGUCUUUUACACAAAGUCAUCUUCUCAUACAAGGUAGCAUGAUGCUUUCUUGCCAUACCAUGCCAUUUCUUUUAUACCUUAUGAUUAAUGGUCUUGCCUUCAAAAUUUGUUAUCACUUAUAAAGAUGAUCAACCUAAAUUUUAAUCAAAUCAUAUAUUAAUGAUCAAGUGUGAGUGUGUGCAUGUGUGUGAGCAUGUUCGAAUGGAGACAGGUUCAUUCCAUAUCAAACAACGUUGUAACAAAAUCUUUGAAAAUGAAAUAAAAAAUGUACAGCUGUUGUGUUUGAAAAUAGUUACAGAAAUCAUUUCUUUAGCAACUGUCAGUAACAAUAUGUCCUUUGUUCCCUUCGUCAGUCUCUGUGGAUAAAAGGGCAGAUUGUGAUAUGUGUGUUCAGAUAUUUUCUUUGUGGUAGCAUGAAACAUCAAAGUGAUACCAAAAUUUCCUCAGUUCCUUUCUUAUCUUCUCUGCAGCUGUGAUAGGAAUCGUGGAGAGAUAAUAACAUACCUUACCGGCGUUAUCGUAGGGAUCAUUUUGUUGGCAAUUUUCCAAACUUAUCAUCACUUGCGUGAAUUGGUGUUACCUUUCUUUGCAUUAGUGAUGGUUAUGCUUCUUCAGUUCAAUUUCUUCACAAUCCAAAGGAACUGAAACCAGCAUAUUGAAAAGUCUUUCUAUUAUUCUUUAAUUGUUAUUUAAGACUCUUGAUGUCACUUGAGCACGGAUCGUUUGAAUGCUGAACAUUAUUUUUAUUUGUCUUCUGACAGUCUUCUUGUUGCUUAUGGUACUGCAUAUUAUGGAUAAAGUUGGUUGUGGAGUGUGCUGACACUCGUCAGUAUUGAGGUGUACCUGUUCUGCGCCAACCGAAACCAGACUUUCAAAUAGAACUUUCCAGCCAAGACCUAUCUGUCAAUGUUACAAGUGCUACACUUGUACCUCUUUCACUUACACAUUCAAAUGCAUGAUUACUAAUUUGGCUAAAUUAUCUUUGUACUUCUGAAGUUCAGCAAUAAACAUUGUCUUCCCGAAUCAAGAGUUGUGUAAUUGAUGAUGUAGGUGAGGGAUGUUCAAGUUUCCUGCUUUGGCUGAGCUGAGUUCUUGGUAGGAAGGUCUACAAUGAAAGCAAGUUUUGUGUACCAUGUUAUUGUUUGAAUUUUUUGUAUGAAUGAUCUUCUUGUGUGCUCUGUAUGAGAAAGUGUGGAUGUGAUGUGCCCUUUGUGCAAUUUUUGAACUAUUUGAUGAUACUAUAUUUGAAUGAUAUGGAUGAUAAUUAACUAUCAUGUCCUGAACUUCAAGAUGUGCAAUGAGUUUUUUCAAGCAAUAUGAGUAACAAUCUUCCCAAAUGAUAGUACUUCAUUCAGGUACUCUUACUGACUUUGCUGUGUUGAUUUAUCAAGGAAGAAUUUGAGGUUCGAUAUAUAUCACAAACUCUGCUGUUGUCUUCUCCUUUCAUUUUAUUUUUCUCAAAUAGAUGUCUGUCGAGACAGUGUCUUAAUUCGACAAUUUCUCAUGUUCAGUGAGUGUUCCGAAAGACAACGACGCGUUUUCCUCAAUAAACCUUGAAUUUUGAAGAAAA